AUGUCCGCCAAACCAGCCACCAAGUCAGUCAACACGGCCAUUAGCAAACUUCUCAACAACGUCAUGGAGUUGGUAACAGAACUCAUUUCGCUCAAGAAACAGAAAUUCAAUCCUCAACUCGCCGAACGAGACGAUGCUAUCUUCGCCAAUCUGACUGGACUCCCGGACAUCAAAAAUUUCGAACGUCUCACUCAGCAUAGUGACGACAACUUCGGAAUGCCCUAUCCUGCUAAUGCAUCAUUCACACAACCAGACCAAUACUCUCGAAAACUCCUAGUCCAAGUUUUCACACCCUACGUGAAUAACCCCACUUCAGAAAUGAGUCAUUCACUAAAAAUUCCUCAUAACAUGCUGAUCCGACCAAUCGAAGAGCAGACGACUAGUGUUACCAAGACUACUGGCACUCCUAAGCAGCCUAUUUCUACGACUGCCCCGACGCCAACUGCGACUUGGACCACUACCCGUCCCACCAUAACAAGUACUACCAGUAGCAAGCCGAGGACAACUACAAUACCGCCUGCCACGAAAAGUACUACCGCCUCUUCGACCACCAAAAUCCACAUGCCACCAAUCACCUCCUUACCAAAGUUCCAGCAAACUCUUGUUGUAGAACGAAGAUCCAUCCAAGAAUUAGAUGAGCAGAACUUGAACGCGAAAGCAAAUUACAUCGCUUCUAAGUUUGAUGCCGAAGAAAAUUUCAAAAACAAUAUUACCCGCCGCAUCGCUCAGGAUCAUCUACAAAAUGCCACAGGUGUUUUUCAAGAGGACCUCCGAAAACACAGGGUGUCAUUUAAAGAUUUUGUUGUUUUACUCUUACUCGAUGCGUUCAAUACUAUCCUUAAUUUUGUCAUUGAGCUUGUAAGCUUUAAAACAUAA